AUGGAAGUAAUAACAACAUUCAAAGUUUAUAGUACAAUUACUGGUGUUCUUGGUAUUUUUCUAAAUGCAAUAUUACUGUACUUGGCAGUUUUUAAAUCACCAUCAACUUUGAAAUCUUAUUCAAUUCUAAUUAUCAAUUUUGCCAUAACUGACCUGCUCGCUUCGAUUUUCACUCUUAUUGUUAUGGCAAGAUUGGUGCCAAUGGGCACAGCGACAGCUCAGAUCUCGUACGGAUUAUGCACUUUAUUUGGGCCGACUGUUUGCUAUAUUGGGUAAGUUUCAUAGUCUUAAUGCGAAUGUAUCAUAAAAUUGUUCAGAUGUGGUUUAAUGUUUCAUUUUUUCGUUUUUUCGCAAUAUUCUCUUCUCUUAUCAUUCAGUUAUCGUUAUUAUAUUUUGGAAAAUCCCUCACCUAAAGUUAAAACAAUUGUUGGCCUCAUAUCAAUUAUUUAUCUUCCUGCACUUUUUCAUGCUUCAUGUUUUAUGUUCAAUCAAUCAGAUGCACAAGCCGUUAUGGAUAUUUAUUUAGAACUUUAUCCAAAUGACACAAUUGUGCUAAACCAAGUCACUGGGAAUUUAGACACAACUAGUUUCACAGCAACAUUCCCUGUUCUACACAUGGUUCUCUCCCCGAUUCCAAUUACAAUUUCAAUUCUUAUCAUUCGCCGGAAAAUUAUAAAAGUUCUUCAAAAAACAAUGGAACAUUUGAGAAAAGAGACAAAAGCGUUGCAUAAACAACUUCUUACUGCUCUAACAAUUCAAGCUGGUCUUCCAGCAUUUUUUGCAUUGGGUGUUUUUAUGUUCGCACUGGAAGGUGCAGGAUUAGUUCAAAAUCCUGGUAUAGAAUGUAUAAUUUCUGCUUCCGAAUGUAUAAUUCCAGUUUUAUCACCAAUUGUCUAUCUCUAUUUUGUUUCACCCUACCGACGUGCUCUGCUAAAAAUAACAGGAAAUGCUCCAACUGUUUCAGUAUCUGAAGUCACAAUCACCGUAACAUCAAAUGUUCAGAAAGAAAAAACAAUAACAACGGUUACAAAUUGA